CUCCGUCAGCACUGGUCAGUCUUGUGGACGAAGUAGUACACCAACACCACAAUCAUUCAUCCACGUCGUUCGUUCGACUUUCAACUAAACUAGAGCAACUGGUACUCUCGGAUACGUUUUCUAUAUACCACUAUAACUAGCGGGUGUCUGCCGCAACGAACACGAUGUCUACCCUCGAAGAGCUCGACGACCUCGAUCGCCGCGAUAAGGAUGACCAGAAAAGACACGGCAGGAAGGCCUUGGAUAAGAACGGGGAUGAAGAUGCCGAUAUGAAUGAUGCAACUGCAGAAGAAGAUAUUCUUGAUGAAGAAAUUCUUGGUCUUAGCACUCAGGAUAUCGAGACCCGUAGACGACUGUUGGAGAACGAUUCUCGCAUCAUGAAGAGCGAACUAUCGCGAUUAUCACAUGAGAAAGCAGCAAUGGGAGAGAAGAUCAAAGAUAAUGUUGAAAAGAUUGCAAACAACAGACAACUACCUUAUCUAGUCGGCAACGUUGUAGAGCUUCUCGACCUCGACCCAACCGCGGAAUCAUCAGAGGAGGGAGCAAACAUUGAUCUUGAUGCCACAAGAGUUGGAAAAUCAGCUGUCAUUAAAACAUCAACACGGCAAACAAUCUUCUUGCCGCUCAUUGGUCUCGUUGACUCUGAUGAAUUAAAACCCGGUGAUCUCAUCGGUGUCAACAAGGACUCUUAUCUCAUUCUCGAUACGCUGCCCGCCGAAUAUGACAGCCGAGUCAAAGCCAUGGAAGUCGACGAAAAACCGACCGAACAGUACACCGAUGUUGGUGGACUAGACAAGCAGAUUGAGGAGCUGGUAGAAGCCAUUGUCUGGCCGAUGAAGGAGGCUGAUCGAUUCAAGAAAAUCGGUAUCAAGGCGCCAAAAGGUGCGCUAAUGUACGGCCCUCCUGGCACUGGCAAGACCUUACUUGCUAGGGCUUGCGCUGCACAAACCGAGGCCACAUUCCUCAAGCUGGCAGGACCACAGCUGGUUCAAAUGUUUAUUGGUGAUGGCGCUAAGCUGGUGAGGGACUGCUUUGCUUUGGCAAAAGAAAAAGCACCCGCAAUCAUUUUCAUUGACGAGCUUGACGCCGUUGGUACGAAGCGAUUCGACAGCGAAAAGAGUGGUGAUCGAGAAGUGCAGAGAACUAUGCUGGAACUUUUAAACCAGCUUGAUGGGUUUGCCUCUGACGAUCGCAUCAAAGUUUUGGCAGCAACGAACAGAAUUGAUGUCUUGGACCCCGCACUACUUCGUUCUGGUCGCCUGGAUCGUAAGAUCGAAUUUCCGCUACCAAAUGAAGAAGCUCGCGCCCAAAUCAUGAAGAUUCAUUCGCGCAAGAUGAGAGUAGACCCUGGCGUAAACUGGGGUGAACUUGCGCGUAGUACUGACGAGUUUGGUGGUGCUAUGCUCAAAGCUGUCUGUGUCGAAGCAGGCAUGAUUGCACUGCGAUCAGGCAAGAACAAGAUUGGCCACGAACAUUACGUGGAUGCUAUAUCAGAGGUUCAAGCCAAGAAAAAAGAUACGGUCAAUUUUUAUGCUUAGUUAUGUCGCUGCGUUGGGUCAUGGAAAGCGCACACUGCUUCUGGUGGGAUAGGCGUGCAGCUCAGCUCCAAAAGAACGCGCACUUCCUUGACCACUGGAUCUGUACGUAGUACGAUAGACAAAAUUAAAGUUGAUGUAUUUUUUUAUUUAAAAAAAGGGUCGACUGGUGACUGACUCAAGAUUUCAUACUAAAAUUCAUUUGGUGACAACUGGUACUUUAAACUCACUCUUUAGUGUGUACGCCUUAAGUUUGUAGCGGUUCAAAUCUAUAUAGACUAGCUCAAGGUUCUUGUGCAUGGGCAAAUCAACCAUCCCAAGCAUGGAAGGGUACCGCAUGGGGAGGAUUUUGUUAUACAAUUAGAAAAGUGGUUGAAAAGAAGACGGAGUUGGCGCAGCAAGUUCAUAAGACACGGGUUGACAGACUGACUAUAUUCGAGCCGUACAGCGGAAAACAUGGCCUCAGUUCACCUAUUUUGUUCAUAAAUCUCUAAUCUAAACCGAAAACAACAAGAUAUUGACCAAAUGGAGGGGUCCUUAAGCCCAAAGUCUGCAAGUGCCGUCGGCACCAGCGCUGACACACCAAGGAUGUUUAGGGUGCCAGUCAACAUCCAGCACACCCAAUUUACUAACAACUUUGUGACCUUUGAGCAUUUUAACAGGGACAAUAGUUGCAUUCUCCAUCAGAUCGCUCACGACGCGCCCGUGGAAGAUUUGCAGUGUUCCAUCAUCACUAGCAUCUGCAAAAAUGGGCAGAGAACGAUGAUAUUUGACUGAUCGAAUCGCCUCUGAAUGGAAACGCAUUGUUUUGUAAGGGCGGUUCGAGAGGUCCAUGUCAUGCCAGAGCAGACGUCGAUCGUACGAGCCGACGAUCAAGUUAUCUCCUCCUGGAUGGAUAUCAAAGGAUGAUAUCCAUUUCGCGCCAGGUUGGAUCACCUUAACAAGUUCCUGGCGCUGUAGGUCAUAGCAUCGGAUCAUUCGUUGAGUAGCAACGAACAAGAGAGGUCGUAAAGGAUGAAAUGCGGCAGUUUGGGCCAAUCCGGGUAGGCGUCGGAAGGGGAUUUGGCUCAGAUGUUUCGAAAGAGUAUGAAUGGCCACCGAGCUUCGUUGCCCGGAGGGGGAAACGGUACAAAAAAAGUCACCACGGCGAUGCCAGUUAAUUGUUUUGACAGUGGAUCUAACAGUAACUUUGAGGAGCACACCCGCUUGUUCCAAUUUGGAACCUGGGCGUGUCCAUUUGGCUGGUGGCUCUUUGGUGGGCGCUGUGGUAGUCGAUGUAGAGUUGCUGGCAUAGCCGAAGCCGGCGUCGAGAACGUCCCGGCUUUGUUUUUCAACCUCGUCGCUUAUGACGGGCGCCGAGACUAAGAAAAUAUCCUCGCCUGCAGCAGCGGCAAAGAUGAAAGUGUCCUUGUUGGGCCGCCAGCGAAUCGCGCUGACGGGUUCAUCAGAAGAAAUUUUGCACUUCCAUUCCUCUUUACCGUUUAGUGACCAUAGACGCACAGUACCAUCAUCUCCACCAGAUGCCAACCAUUCGCCAUCGGGACUAAACGCAACUGACCGAACUCUACCUUCAUGCCCAUGGAAGAUCGUUUGACAUAAAGAAGGAAAAGGCUUGAGAUCCUCUGGUCUAGGCAGUUUCGGGAGUAGAGAGUUAGGGUCAAUAUUGAGCCUAUUUUUCUUCACUCGAGGAGCGAGGUACAAGUCCAGACAGCGCUCAAACCGCUCUUUAACAAGAUUCAAGUACGCCGGAACUUUCCUCAGGGCAUCAAAUUGCUGAGGCAAAUAAUGCUUUUCUCGCUCUUCUUCAUCCUGCGCCUCCCAUGCGGACUUUUCUUCUGCUGUGGGUAAGUACUCCCUGGGCGGGUUGUAGCUCAGGUCGUAGCCGGGAGCCGCUAACUUCGGUGCAGGAAUGUUCAUAACAUGGCGUUCUUGAGCUUCUUCAUUAGACCAAAUGUCGUAAUAGAUAUCGUCUGCUUCCUGUUCCUCAGGCUUGUCUUCCUUUGGUUUGUAAGGCAGAAUUUUCCCCUCCUUUAUAGCCCGCACUAGCUGUGCAACUCGCUUCGCCU